CGCUAGAUGAUUGAUGUUUUUGCAUAUCAUUGAGCACGAUGGAUAUUGAAACCGCCGAUUCUUUUUCCGCUUCUUCCGACUCGCAAUUAAUUGAAAAGAGGCAUUUCUCUACAUCAUUUGUGUGGAAAAUAGCGCGUAUAAAAAGCAGAUUUAGAGAUGCAGGCGACAAGAUAAUCAGCCCGCUUUUUCGGUGUUCCGAUGUUUCUUGGCAACUGAUCUAUUUUCCCGAAGGAGAAACUCAACAAGAGAGUGCUUCCUUUCGGAUCAGCUGCAAUGCCUUAACUUCACAAUUCAAAUACUCUUACUUCACGUUUAUAAAAUUUAGGAUUUUGGACGAUAGAGGAAAUAAUUUGUGCGAGCUUGCUGAGAGCAAAUACUGUUUCAGCAACAUAAAUCCAAAUGAAAAAAUCUUAUUAAAUUUCGCUAAUAUCACAAGUUUGUCCUGCGUCAAUACAAGUCUGCUGACGAUUAAUUUCAGUAUCUGUGUGGAAGAAGAUAGCACAGUGUUUCCUUCAAAAGAAGCAACUAAAGUGAGCAAAGAUGAAAGAAAGGAGCUGUUGUUACCGGACUACAUAUCAAAUUCAUUAUCCGCUGACUUUGAGGAAUUGUUCAACAAUCGUCAAUUUUCCGAUGUCACUUUGAAGUUGGAUGACGAGGAGUUCAACGUCCACAAGUCGGUGCUCAGUGCUCGAUCGAAGGUGUUUGCCGCCAUGUUUGAGCACGACAUGAAAGAAAAUCAACAAGACACCGUUGAUCUCGUGCAAAUGGAAGUCGAGACAGUCCGGGAUAUGCUACGUUACGUCUACUGCGGAAAAAUUCGUGACUUAACUACGGAAGAAGCCCUUAAUCUCUAUGUAGCAGCCGACCGUUAUGAUUUGGUUGGGUUAAAAAUCUUUUGCCGAGAAUUAAUUAUGCUUGACAUUUCUAUUGAAAAUGUGUGCGAUGUUGCUGAACUUACUGAUCUUCACGACGAUGAGUUAUUAAUUAAAGAAUUAAAGACUUUCUUGUUAAAAAGUGGAAAGGAAAUAAUAAAAACCGAAAAAUGGAAAGCAAUAUGUAGUAAGAAGCCUGUUUUAUGCGGGAAAAUGUUUGAAUGGGCUUUUUCUGAAUAACAUUUUCUCCACGAAAGCUUACUAUAGUGUUAUGAAAGCGGUUUUGCCAGAGAAAUGUUUUCACUCACAAUUUGAUCAGUUUUUCUCCAUUUGCUUAACUAGUUUUUAUUUUAUUCCGCAAAAGAAUUCUGAGAAAUUAAGUGAAAAGAAAUAAAUUCAUUUGUAUUUUAUUUUGUCAUAUUCUUUACUUUUUCUGCUCCGAAAUUGUGGCUUCUUGAGCCGCAAAACAAGUGUAGGCAACAUUUUUGAAAUUUUUGACUUAUAUGUUUAAAAGUUAAGUACGGCUGCUGGAGCCACAACAGGAAUAGACCUUUACUACUUUUUAGAAGGAUUACAGUACAAAUUUAGGCUACUACAUUGUAGUAUCCUACUUUGUACAACCCACCGCCUACAGCCGCUUAAUAUGUAUCUAAUGGCACCAUUAAGUACAUUCUACGAACAGGAAGUGAGGAAGUGGCUGAUCAGUCAUUCAGUUCAUGUUUGACAAUUUACCAAAUUGAACAUUUUUUCAAAGCUGCAUAUUUAAGGGUAGCGAUUCCCAAGACAUCUGUAAAGUGUUUCAGGAAACCGGGAUCUACUCACUCAAAAAUGAUGCAUUUCCUGAUUAACUCUUUGCCUCCUGUGCUAUAACUGAAAAAACCAAUGGAGAUUGGGGAUGAUCCUUUGCAACAACAUCUAGUGGAAUCACCAAAUACCAGGGUUCGCCGAUAUAUAUCAGUCGAUACAUAUCAUGAUAUAUAUUACGAUAUAUGAGGCCCCUAGUUUCAAAACCGGAUACUUGUAGAAAACCAAAUUUUACAGGAGACGUAAAAGUCCGGUUUUGAAACUGAGGCAGACCUUCCCGCCCCAUUUCAAGAAGGAAAGAAGCGGUUUUUGAACCUAAUAUUGAGCAGGCAAAUAGGCCUUAUGAUUCUCUACAAGAUUAACAAAAAAAAAAAAAAAAAAAAAAAAAGAAAAUGAAUUUUUUGCAAGUAUCCGGUUUUGAAACUAGGGGCCUCAUAUAUCUGAUAUUUAUUUUGAAAAUACCAUGAUAUUUUGAUAUUUUCAAUAUUU